AGACUGAUGAAAGAAUGUAUGGUGAGGCUCAUCUAUUGUGAAAUGCUGGGGUACGAGUCUUCCUUUGGAUAUAUCCAUGCAAUCAAGCUUGCACAGCAAGGAAAUCUUUUGGAGAAAAGAGUUGAGAAAAUGGUUUAACUCCAAGCAAUGCUAUGUCUCCAUACACAGAAGGAAGGCAGUGUCUUGUGGGAUAUGCUUGUUUGAUAUCCUUUGUUUGAAUUUCAUCUGGAUCAUCCACUCAAGUAUUGGAGUUUCUGAGAGAAUGUGUUACAAGGGAUGAUAUAAAGUUGCUUUAUCCCUGAGCAGUGAAAGCCAGUGUGCAGAUGCUCUGGUAGUGAUUAAGAAAUUCUAUCCUCACCAAACCUGGGAGGGCAGGUGGUAAGCUGUUUUGGAGAAAACUGUGACCUCUGACUAUCAAGAAGCAAUGUGUCUUGUUAUUAAUUGGUUUGAGACCUUUUUGAUAAAGCGUUGGUGAACAUCUUUUUUUUUUUUAAAUGUUGGUGGCUUAAAGUUUUCUAGACCCAAAGCACUCUUAAGCUUUGUCUGGUAUCAAGAGUGUGUAUGUCGGUUUUGAUGGGUUUUUUUGUUCGGUUGUAUUUGAUAUAUGAGGACAGCCUUGUCUGUUCUUGGUGUAAUAUAUCAAAGUCUGUAUUAAGGAAGGGUUGUCAGUUGAUCCGAUCAAGAUGGGUUACUCUUUUACCCAAAGUAAGCCUCAAUGUAUGAGAGCGAACUCCAUUUUUGCAGGUGUGCUAAAGUGAUAGAGUCCGUAGUUUCACAAGCAGAUAGAUCAAUCUGAUAGCCCAGACAAUACUGUUAUUUGUAUCAAAGUUGUUCAUUUUGAUCCCUAAGCCCUGAAUGAACCAAGACCUUUUUUAAGAUCCAACUCUGUAAUACAACAUUGUGGCACACCCUCCCCACCUCCAUACUUUUGGUCCCUUAGUUUACAAGGAAGAGGUUUCUGGCAGGUUCUUUUCUAGGGUUUUGGUUGGUGAAUUUACUUCUGUAUUCCAAGUUGAAGAUAAAAUUUAUUUGAAAUGGAACUUUUUAAAGAGAAACAAAUAUAAGGAAGUGCAUUUGUUGUGUAUUCUAGAAAGAAUAUACUUUUGUCUGUGCAGAGAAGAUAUUUGUUUCCCAGGAAGUGAUUUCUCCUAGUGUUCUUGGCUGCUCUUUAGCUAUAACAGUAUUGUAGUGCUUCUUAUUUCUCACAGCUUAUGGAUUCUUAGCUGUUAUUUGUUGAGCUUUACUGCAACUUAAAUAUAACUGGUUUGCCUGAAAAUAAAAGAAAGUCUUGAUAUAUAAAACAUUAGCAUCUGUCAUCCAACGGGGGGGGGGGGUUUGGGUUUUUUUUGUUUGAAUUAACUGUUCCUCUAUUACAGACAGUCUUAAGCUUUCUAUCUUGAAGUUGCUUUUUGCUCGAAAGGAGUAAUGGAGGCUGCUUUCUCGUAUAGGUUACUUGGCAGUUUCUUUAUUUCUUCAUGAAAAUGAUGAACUGCUACUUCUACUUGUGAACACAGUUGUGAAGGUACAGUGUUUUUGGAGGUCUGGAGGUAAACUAAACUUGGACCAAUUCUUGCCAUUUUGUGUCACACAAGAUCUAAGCUCAUUAGUUAUAUUUUGCUCUCUUAAAGUUGUUGUUUCUUUGGUUAGAAAUGAAAAUUUGAAAUUACUUUCCCUGGCUUUUUAAUUUAAUCUUGGCAUUCCUGCUGUUGAAGCCAUACUUUUAAAUUUUUUUCAGAGGAGAUAUACCAUAAAAUUUUCUUUAUAAAAUGUAUAUACGUUCUCAACUCCAGGAGGAGCCAUGCAUGCUUAUUUCAAUGUAAACCUUUGCUUUUAGCUGACAGCAAGUAUCCAUUGGCUUCUUUGAGUUCUUUUGAUAAUUUUGAUAGAAAAUGGAAAUUGGAGUGACACUGAAAAUCUAUUACCAAAUGAUAUUUCAUAGGUGUCAUCUGUAUUACUGCCUCUUACAUGGAGCAAUUGUGACUUCUUAUAACUCUUUUUGUAUAAUGAUUGCUUUUAUAUUACAGUAGGCUGAAGUCACAUGUCAUAGACUGAAAGAGAUGUUUAUUUUGCUGUUCUGAUUGAAAAUGGUUUUAUAAUCUUUAAAAAUCUGACUUGAAACUAGUAAGGAUGUAGAAAGAAGUGAAAAAUGAGAGUGCACAAACAACUAAAAUAAAAUGACAACUAAGAACUAUCUGGGACAAAUGGCCAGAGCAAAUAAUGAUGUGAGCUGGAAAUUUUACAUGUUUCAUUUGUCUUGAAAAAUAAUGCUAAUUUUUUAUUUUGUUAAUUCAUCCAUCCUUUUUGGUUUAAGGUUACAGAGAGCUAUAGCUACUAUUUUUAAUUGCAUUUGGGACAGAUUGUGAAUUUCUAUUCUUUCUUUUGUAGAACGUUAUGUGUAAUUUGCAUUCUCAGGGAGUAGGUAAUGUGUUAUUUUAGUGUACAGAUAUGUAAUUGACAGCAAUACUGAGCUUGCACUUCUUAAAAAUUCUUUGGGCUGAUCUAAGGCACUAAAGAGAAUACUAUAGAAUUCUGAGAGAAGUGACUCAUCCCACUGAUCCAACUGGGGACUCAGCAUAGUUUUGCAAUCAUCAAGCUAUUUCAGUAAACAAAUAUUGAUUGUAGCUCUAUGUGUUAAUCUUGUGUACAUUUAAAAUAUGAAUGCAGUUCUAGAACAGAAGUGUGAGGAGCUGGUUGUUUCCUCUUCCUGUAUAAGAGAAGAACCUGAUUAGCUCAGUGAGAGCUGAGACUUCUCAAACAGGAGCAGGCAACAGGAUGGCUGGCAGCAGGAUGCUUGCUGGAGGUGGGCUGUGUAGGUGGGUUAGAUCCAACCUGCUUAUGAAAAACUUGGGAUACGUCUGUGCAGAAUUUAAAAGUCUAAAUGAAAAAUGACUGACUUGUUUCAAUGAUUGUAACAGGACUUACAGAGCACUAACCUAGUAGAGGUGUGCAUGGCAUUAACCGUUGUCAGCCAGAUCUUUCCACGGGAGAUGAUUCCAGCUGUUCUUCCCCUAAUAGAAGACAAGCUCCAGCAUUCUAAGGAAAUUAUCCGAAGAAAAGCUGUUCAAGCAUUAUAUAAAUUCUAUCUCAUUGCUCCUAACCAAGUUCAGCAUAUUCAUGAUAAGUUCCGGAAAGCCUUAUGUGACAGGGAUGCUGGAGUCAUGGCUGCUUCUUUGCAUAUUUAUCUUCAAAUGAUUAAGGAAAACUCCUCUGGAUACAAGGACUUGACUGGGAGUUUUGUGACCAUUCUAAAGCAGGUUGUGGGAGGAAAGCUCCCUAUUGACUUCAACUACCACAGUGUGCCAGCACCAUGGUUACAAAUUCAGCUUUUAAGAAUAUUGGGGCUGUUAGGAAAAGAUGAUCCAAGGACAAGUGAAUUGAUGUAUGAUGUUCUAGAUGAAUCUUUAAGAAGAGCAGAGAUAAAUCAUAAUAUUACAUAUGCCAUCUUGUUUGAAUGUGUCCAAACAGUUUAUACAAUUCAUCCCAAAUCUGAACUACUUGAAAAGGCUGCCAAGUGCAUUGGAAAAUUUGUUUUGUCACCCAAAAUUAAUUUGAAAUACUUAGGUUUAAAGGCUCUGACCUAUGUUAUCCAGCAGGAUCCUAAUCUGGCACUUCAGCACCAGAUGACAAUAAUUGAAUGUCUGGACCAUCCAGAUCCCAUUAUUAAAAGGGAGACUUUAGAACUUCUCUAUAGAAUUACAAAUGGACACAAUGUAAUUGUCAUAGUUCAGAAGAUGCUUGACUACUUAAAAGAAAGCAAGGAAGAAUAUGCUAUCAUCAACUUAGUUGGCAAAAUAGCAGAACUAGCUGAGAAGUAUGCCCCUGACAAUGAGUGGUUCAUCCAAACAAUGAAUGCUGUGUUUUCUGUUGGAGGUGACGUUGUGCAUCCUGAUAUCCCAAACAACUUUCUGAGGCUGCUGGCUGAAGGGUUUGAUGACGGAAAAGAAGAUGAUCAGCUACGGGUAUAUGCAGUGAAAUCUUAUUUAACAUUACUUGAAGAGGAAGAUGCAUUAUAUCCACAAAAAUUCCUUCAAGUUAUGAGUUGGGUGUUGGGGGAAUAUUCCAGCCUUGUUACAGAUGUUGAUCCAGAAGUUAUUUUGGCAAAGCUACACAGCCUGCUGAAGAAGACUUUUGUUACUUCUGAAACUAAAGUGUGGAUAAUGGCUGCAGUCACCAAGAUAGCAUCGCAUACCUCCUAUUCAAAAACAGUUGACAAACUAAUCCAAGAAUUCAGCAACUCUCUAGAUACCUGCAUGAGACAAUUUGCCUUUGAAUUGAAGCAUCUGUGUGAAGACAAAGCACUGAUGAAAAACUUGCUUCCAUUUGAUGCUAGUUGCACUGACAUGGUGGUAGAUGCUUCCUUAUCUUUUCUGGAUGGGUUUGUGUCUGAGGGACUUGGUCGUGGUGCAGCACCAUAUAAGCCUCAUCACCAGAGACAAGAAGAGAAACUUUCUCAGGAGAAAGCUCUGAAUUUUGAACCAUAUGGAUUGUCAUUUGCUGCAAGUGUGUCCUCAUCUGGCAUCACCGGCAGACAGUCUCCCACUGGUUUAUCUUUUGGUUCUGAUAUGUCUGGUAAUAGUGGUGAGACGGGGCAUAAAGAGACAAAUACUCUGAAACUCGAGGGAGUACACAAGCUAUGGGGAAAAGAAGGCUACCUUCCAAAGAAAGAAAACAAAGUAGGGAAAGAAAAUGAGCCACAAACUGUUUCUUGUGGCAGCUUAUUAGCCAGACAGGUGGGCGAUCCUCCUGCAUCGCGAUCCGAUCAAGUUGCCAGGCUCUCUGAGGAAGACAAAGAGAAGCAGCAGUUGGCAUCAACUUUGUUUAUUGGGCUAGGAUCAAGUGCCGGUGUCAGUUUGUUGGGGAAAGCGGACACAGCUACUCAGAAGUUCAAAAGAAAAUCAAAGAUAAAUGAAACUCAAAAUAGCGAGGAGGCAUCAGACUUCCAAAAUAGUGCUUCUUCAGAUUUUGGUCCCUUACUUGAUACAGUACCUAUUAACUUGGAAGACUGUGAGGGAAAUAUACACACAAGGUUAAGGAAAGUCUCCCUGUGUUCUUCAGAUAUUGUAGAAGAUAAUUUAGCAUUUGAAACGCCUCAGUCCCUAAAAAAAUCUGGGCUGGAUGACAGACUUUCAGAUAGUAGGCUGUCGCAGUCAUCUUUGUUUGCUGAUAGCAAUAUUGAAAUUUUUCUGCCUUCUCCAAGUGCUCAUUGUGAAAGUGCCAGUAAAAUACCAUUGGUCCCUUCCUUACCAGAAGAGCUGCAACAGCUCACUCACUCUGAAGUUGUGGAACUUUGUCAGAGUGAUGCCUUAGCUCUGUAUUUAUGUAAGGUGUGGACAGAUGACUCUCUGUUGCUCAGUGUUUUUGUUUCAAAUAAAACCAAUUCUGCACUUAAUGCUGUGAACUUAAUGUUUGAAGAAGCAGAACAUUUUCAGAUUUUGGAGAGUCCCACCUACCAGUUUCCUGUAAUUGAAGCUCGAAGUGUAGAACGUUGCGAGAAAUGUGUGUGGAUGGACAAAAUCUGUACACAGGGAAUUCUUUCUGGCUCCAUUAAUUACCAGUCAGAGAUGGACACUCGCCUUGAAUUUUCAGUAACUUUAUCGUUGUUGGACUUCAUCAGGCCAAUGGCAAUGACUACAGAAGACUUUGGGAAGCUGUGGUUGUCCCUUUCCAAUGAUGUGAAACAGAAUAUAAGAAUGUCACGUUCUCAAGAUUCCCUUUCAGCAGCUCUGAAUACACUGCAACAGAAGCUGAAACUCCAUAUAGUUGAUAUUAUAGGUAAUGAGGGAAUACUGGCAUGCCAGCUACUUCCAUCUGUGCCCUGUCUGCUGCACUGUCGUACUCACUCAGGGAUGCUGGCGUUGUGGUUCAGAUCGCCUUGUUCUGCUCUUCCAGAUGGUUUGCUUUAUCAGUGUCAAAAGGUGAUGGAGGAAUCCUAAUAACAGUAGUGCCUGCUGUAAUCUGUUCAGUGUGUGAAAAGGAAAUCAAAGAUUUAUACAGUUGCACAGAUAAUUACCAAAGUUAAAUUAAGAUACUGCUUCUCAGAAUCCCAGCUGGCAUAAGUUAUGUGGACUUGUGGAGGAAGAAUGAUGACCUAAAUUAAGCCUGCAAAAACAUGCUCAGGACUGUACAGUGUCUAACAAGUAAUCCAUUAAAGUAUUGUUACCUGUUUAAGUGAAAUGUAUAUUUCUUAAUUUUGUUGUAAAUGACUGAAAAUAUUUAUUUUUAUUAUGCAGCUUUUAUAGAUGUCAACAAUUAUUCUUCAUAGCAACUACUUAAAUCUGAUUUCAAAGAAAACGUGUCUGCAUUAUGAGGUCAGACUCGAUCAGUUAUCAGGAUCAUCUAAUUUUAUUUUGAUAAUUUUUCUAAAGCAAUUUUUAAGCACUGCUGGCAACAACCCAUAUUAGUGGUUGUAUAAAGAAACUUAUGUAGCAACAAAUGCAUGUUUUUAAAAUAGUUGAAAGAUUUUAGUGAUCAGCGCACUUCCCAUGAUCUUUGAUAUUUACCAAUUAAGUGGUAACAUCUAAAUAGGAUUUUGAUAGGAGGCAGGCAUGGGAAAUUGUAUGGAAGCACCUCAUGGGGGAUGAUCUAAGGCCCUUCAGGUUAGUUCGUGUCUGGAGUUCUUCCUGCCUCAUGUUUCAGUCACGUUCCCUUUCUUUAGGGGUCUGCGACAGUGACUGAGUAUUUGUGCAUGUCUGAGGAUGAGUUUCAUGUGGGUUAAGUCUCAGAUGACUGCGCUGGGGGUAGUUGGCUGUGAACAUGUUCAUUGCUCUCCAGUCAAUUCUGUAAGUUUAAUUAGGCCAAUAUCUCUGUCCGUGAAAAUUUACAUGGAGGAAAUUUUCACUUAUUUUUAUUUCUAAUUAUUUAUACCCUUAGUGCAACUCUUCAAACCUUUGACUUGGACAGAUGUGGCUGUACUUUGUGUGCAUAGCGAGGAACUGCAGUAAGGCAUAAGAGAUCUAAAUCAGAGCAGCAUAUGUGAUAAAUGUCUGUCCAGGUUGUCUCCUUUUCUUCCUGAAAUAACCUCACAGUCUUGAAAAUCCCGCAGUCUUAAUUUAUUUAGAUGCUACAUGAAAACUUUAAUACUGUUUAAUAUUAUUUAUAAAUAACUGGUCAUGUUUUUAUUUAAAAAAAUCAAAGAUUGUACACACGGUGCAGACAUGGUAUAAAUGGAUUCUACAGCGGAAUUCUUUCUUUUGUGUGCUUAAUAUUAACAAGGAAAUUCUUCGUUAUAUUUCAGCAUUAUUGAUUCUCACCUGAUAAGCACUGGUUGUAAAGGAAAAAAAAUAUUCUGUUACUUUGCUAAGGUUUCGGUAAAUGUUUGUGAAAUCAUCAUAAGAAUGUUAAUGCACUGAUAAUUUUUUUCUUUUUUUUGUUAAGUCAAGCCACUUGUGUUACCACAAGUACAAUCAUUUAAGCAAAGCUCUUUUAUUGCUGUUUCAGUACCCUCUUACUGAGGAAUUUAAAGUGCACUGAACUUGUAAAUAUACGUAAUGUUCUGCAUACUUUAAUGUUUACUUUGCACUUCAAGACAGUUUAUAUAAAUGAAAACUGAUUUGUAGUGGAAUAAUGUCCAGCAAACUAUUUCCCUGCUGGUAAAUCAGACUCAUGUUAUGCAAUUUUCCUUUUGUAAUCAUAUGAACUGUAAUAGAAGUAUCUGUUUCUGGCCUAUGCAUUUAAACCAUUUCAGCAAAGAGAUGUUCGAUGUCCUAGUGUUUAAAAAGAACACCAAAAGACAAUAAUGCCUUCUGUUGUUCGUGUAAUGUUCUUUAUAACCUUUUUCACUGUAUGACUAGUGUACGUUAAGCUGUCAAUAUGCAGAUUUGAAGAGCUUUAUGGUAACAUCACAUAAAGGGGAAUUGUACCUGUGUCAGUCUUUAUUUUUAGAUUGCCCAGCAAAUACUUAAUCUAUCACUGUCUUUGCAUUUCUUGUAGUUUAAUAAAAUUCAGUUUCACUUUAAAAAAAAA